AUGGCGUUAGCUGCAGUGCUAUGGCGCCUCAGCCAUGGUACAAGUGAUGCUGUCCAGGUUGUGGCGAACAUAUCCCUUCGAGGGUGUUAUCUUGAAGGCAGGUUGGAUCAGCUCCAAUUCGCAGACUUGUCUGAGCUCGAUGAUGUGGACCUCUGCAAUAAUUUCCUCAAUGGAUGUAUUCCCUCCACAGGUAAUCUUACAAAACUUGCCUACCUUGAUCUUUCCAAUAAUAACCUUUCGGGAUCUAUCCCAGCAUCCAUAGGAAAUUUAGCGAGUCUGGAGGGUUUGAGUCUUUUCAAUAAUCGAAUAAGUGGCAUGCUGCCACCAGAAUUAGGAUUCCUAAAGAAUCUCUGGAAUUUAGACUUCGGUAGCAAUCAGCUUAUUGGUAGUAUUCCACCUCAGAUCGUGCAAUGCCGGUUUUUGUCAUUUUUGGUCACAUCGGACAAAUUAUUGACUGGACCAAUACCACAAGAACUCGGAAAUUAUUUGUGGUCAAGAGAGUUGCAUCUGAGCAAAAAUAAUCUGAACGGCACCAUCCCAGUGACUCUUCCAAAGCUACACCAAUUGUGGUGGCUGGAUUUAUCGUACAACAACUUGAGUGGCAGAGUUGAUGCGACCUUUAACUUCUCAGUCAAUACCACAGUUUCUCUUGGCCACAAUAUGGAUCUAUGUGGUGAUCCAGAGUAUGGCUUGACACCAUGUCACACCCCAGAGUUCAACAAAAGGUUCAAGGAAGGAAAAACCAAUAAAAUGGCAAUACUUCUUACUUUUGCUUGCUUUUGCUUCAUCUGUACCGCAAUAGGAUGCAUGACAGUUGUUUAUUAUAGGAGAAAAUCUUCAAAGGUCAGCGACAAAAGUAAAUCUCAUGAUAUGGUCUCCAUCUGGAAUUUUGAUGGGAAAAUUGCAUUCCAAGACAUACUCAAUGCAACAGAAUGUUUUGAUGAUAAAUACUGCAUUGGUACUAAAGGAUACGGGUCUGUCUUCAGAGCUGAGCUUGAAGGAGGGAGAAUCUAUGCUAUCAAACUGCUCCACACAGUUGAAGAUUAUACUGAUGAGAAAGCAUUUCAUGCUGAGAUCCAAGUGUUGACAAAAGUAAGGCACCGAUGCAUAGUCAAGUUGUAUGGAUACUGUUCUCAUUCCAAGUGCAAAUUUCUUGUGUACGAUCUCAUCGAAAGGGGAAGUUUAGCAUCCAAUUUGCAGGAGGAACAGCUUGCCAAGGAGCUCGAUUGGUCAAAAAGAGUUGCCAUUGUUAGAGACGUAGCUCAAGCUCUCUCCUACUUGCACCAUGACUAUGAUACACCCAUUAUACAUCGUGACAUCAAAAGUAGCAAUAUCUUGUUAGACCGUGAUUUUAAGGCUUGUGUCUCAGACUUCGGCAUGGCUCAGACGUUGAAGCAUAGUUCCUCAAGUUGGAGCACCAUCUUUGUAGGGACAUGUGGUUAUAUAGCCCCAGGUACAUUACUUUGA